CUUUAUUAUGGGUGAAGUUCCGGUGUAUCGUCAUUCUAUUCUACCCUUAACUCUAUCUCCAAGUUUUAAGAUCGAGUAGUUAUUUGAAUUGAUUUGAAACGUCAGUUCGCUAAGCAAGUCAUCUUUUUUUAUAAUGGACGAAAGGCUGGAUUAUAGUGAGAAGAUUAUUUUAGCACCGAUGGUCCGCAUUGGAACGCUACCGAUGCGACUUUUAGCCUUGGAUUACGGCGCUGACAUUGUUUAUACAGAAGAGCUUAUCGAUUGGAAAUUGCUACGCUCGGUUCGUCGAGAAAAUGACGUCUUGGGGACCGUUGAUUUUAUUGAUAAAACGGACGGUACCGUAAUAUUCCGAACUUGCAAUCGAGAGAAAAAGUUCGUUGUUCUUCAGCUUGGCACCUGUGAUGCAGAGAGAGCCUUGAAAGUCGGAAAAAUGGUGCAGAACGAUGUAGCUGGUAUCGACGUCAACAUGGGAUGUCCCAAAAAAUUUUCAAUUCUUGGCGGCAUGGGAGCAGCGCUUCUUGAGCAACCAGAAAUGGCCAAGGAAAUUCUGAACAGACUAGUUAAUGGAUUAAUGAUUCCUGUCACGUGUAAGAUCAGGAUAUUUCCAACGGUAGACAGAACUUAUGCAUUGUGCAAGGAACUAGUUUCAACGGGUAUAUCCGCGAUCGCGAUUCAUGGAAGGACCAAAGAUGAAAGACCACAACAUGUAAAUCAUUGUCAUAUAAUCAGAGAAGUUGCUAAACAAUUGCCGAUUCCAGUUAUUGCAAAUGGGGGGUCAAAGGAAAUCGAAAAACAUUCAGACAUAUUGAAAUUCAAAGAAGAAACAGGCUGCAGUAGUGUGAUGCUCGCUAGAGCUGCUGAAUGGAAUUGUUCAAUAUUUCGAAAAGAGGGUAUACUCCCCAUUGAAGAUGUAAUACAGUCUUAUUUAAAAUAUGCUAUUGACUACGACAAUGCCCCAUCGAAUACAAAGUACUGUAUACAAAAUAUUCUCCGAGAGUUACAGGAAACUCCAAAAGGAAAAGCGUUUCUAGAAGCUCAAACGCUUCAGCAGAUUUGUUCUAUCUGGGAUAUGGGAGAUUAUUGCAGGACUAAACGGAAAGAGUACUUAGACAGAGGCAUUCAGGGUAGGUUUCAAGUGAUCCCCACCUCUUUGGAUCGACAAAAAGGAGUGAAGAGAAAAUUUGAAGAGGAUGAUGUGGUUGUGAUGCAGUGUGCUUUUAUACGUAAUAGCUACACUCAUGAUCUAGAGCUACCGAAGACGAGGCUUUUGAAAUGGACCAAGGAAAACAGGACUAAUUUCCCAGUCUAUCAUACUGAGCAAGAAGAUAAAUUAUUUCGCUCAGUAGUAUCAGUGAAUGGAAAAAAAUACAGUUCUUCAUUUUGGGAAAAAAACAAGAAAUGGGCUGAGCAAGGAGCUGCACUAGUUUGUCUUUGCACUUUGGGGGCGAUAGACAUUGAUAAGCUUGCAAAAGAUGGAAGUAUAAUUAAGUGAAUAUGCUAUUUAGUGAAGUAAAUAGCUAAGUGAAACAUUUCUAAACACAUUAGAUUUUCUGGAAACUAAAGAACAAUAAAUAUAAAUUAUGAAACAAAUAAACUAUUCA